AUGUCUAGCAAAAAAUCCGACUGUGAUAUAACGGUGGUGGUCGGCACGAUAAUAGUGUUUGCUCUUCCUCUCACCCUUUUGAUUCCAGAAUUCUCACUAUGGGAUGUUGUACCAAAAGUUCAGGUCAUCAGGUUCCACGUACUGAGUCAGCAUCUCACUUGGCCACAGCUUAAUGCUGUACUCGUCGGCUUAUUGUCUGUGCUCUUCUGUCUUUACCUUGAGAUUAGGAAACGAAAAUUAGAUGACAUGGUAGAAAAGGUUUUGACUGUCAGUAAGGUGACUGAUGCCACAAUGGAGGUAGAAAGAGAUAGACAGACGGCUGCUAUGAAAGCAUGUGUGGACCUGCUGGAUUCCACAGUUGAACACUAUGAACACCUUAUGCUGUUGAAAGAUGACUUGCGAAACUCUGAGCGUACGAAUAAGCAGCAACCACCCGCUAUAGAACCCAGUGGCUCGGACGUAUAACCUCUUUGUUGACAGUGAUUUUUCAUAUGUUUGUUUCGAGUAUAUUUUGG